GUGGGUCAAAGCCCGACACCCACCCUGGUCUGAGUGACUCUCCAAAAAGGAACACUGGACGAUCAGUAAUCUCCACAGAUCACACAAGUAAUAUGGUCCGCAGCCAACUCUCAUGUCAUUUGCAUGCGAACUCUCUCGCGUGGACUGGGAGUGAUUUUCUUGGGACUCGCGGGCGGCGCCGAGCCAAAGCCCAGCUCUGGCGCGCCCUGCGCACAAGGCAUCUGAAGUGGAUGUCUUGAGAGCUCGCAUGGUUGAAAGAAAAGGGCGAGCUGGUGGAUUUGGGCCCUUGAAACUCCAAGAGCUCUCAGAAACGGGGAACACACUGACGUAGUUAUUCGAGAAGUCUGAUGCAGAAUCAUGCGUCUGACAAUUCUGUUUGCACACCUGUUCCCCAAAAAGCACUUGUAACUUGUAAGUGCUACAGCUACAGUGUAUGGGAUAUCAUUGUGUGUGUGUGGGGCUGGUCAAGACGUGGACUGUGGUGGCUACAAAGUGAACUCAGGGAGCUAAGGCCACAUUUCGUGAAGGGUAGCUAGAGACCAUUGAGAAGAUUUAUGUUGAAGCUCGAGUUUGAUGGUGCUUGGUGUCCACAUGUCCUUUUAUUGGAAACUUCAGAACAGGUUUGUUGUUUUGAACGGACCCCCCCAACCGCCGCUCGGCUCAGCCCUGGCUCAGCCUUAGCCUCUCCGUACCGGGGCAGCAAGUGUGCGGUGCGUGCCGGGGCGCAGCGUGCAGCAGCACCGCACGCGCGCAUGCUGAAUGGGCUUUGCGAACAGCAAAGCAAGGAACGACUACGAGCCGUGCGGUCUCUGCGAAGAAGAGGACGACGAGGAGGGCGAGGAGAUUGACAUCUCGGUGGACGUCCCCAUAUGGCUCCCUCGUUGGUUUUUGACCAGCUACUGGGGGGUCCCCAGCGAAGUCAAGGAGCUCAUGAAAGAGAAGAGACUGGUGCCAAAUGAAACGAUGCCGGAAGACAAGAGGUACAAGCUCACGAUGUUUGACAUUUCUGGUCCGCCGGUACUGCUACUCUGGAUGGCCACACUGAUCCAGUGGCCAUUCUUCAUGUUUCUGCCGUGGAUUGCUUUCUACUUCACUGAAUGCAACGGGCUGGGCAUGCCACACUAUGCCACGUGGGUGUGGCUCUUUCCUUUGCCCAUCCUAGUUCUCGUGGUGGGGAUCGAACUCUGGUGCUUCACCUACACCAUUGUGCCGGUGGUUCAAUGGCUAGGAAAUAUGACGACGCCAUUGCGAUCGAAGCCCAGUUUCGGGUUUUGGUUUUAUUGGCAUUUGUCCUUGAGCCUCUGCUUGCACACGGACCUGGUGACCCAGGGCUUCCUUUUAGCCUCGGUCUGCCGGUGGUUCGGCUGCGAAGGUUGGGAUCAGAUCGCCCAGAUCUGGGAGGAUGUGUGGGAGAACUCCAUUUUUGCCUGGAUCACUCCAGGGGAGAACCUGAGAUUUAUUUUGAUCUUCGCUUGGAUCACCACGAUUAUUCAGCUUCCUCUCUUCAUCGCCAGCGCGUUGCCAGCUCGACUCUUCUGCUGCAAGUAUGUGGACUUCGAUUGCCGGAGCGAGAAGGAGGGCUACAACGUCUUCAGUUGUUGGCCUCAAAAUGUGGCAGAAUGCCAAUGGACAACCUCACACAUAUGGCACGCUGAUGCCUUGAAGACUUUGGCGCUUCUGAACCGCAUGGUGUUGGUGCAAGAAGGCCAGCACCAGCUGCAGUUAGAGCGGGCGAAGCACACCAAGCACGACUUGAAUCGAUCCACGCAGAUUCUCAAGAUGGAGUUGAGGCAAAUGAUUCCAAGAAUCGUUCUCCUGAACUUCUUGCAGAACUGCACCAAGUUGGAAGUGCAGACCACCAUCUUCUCCUUGGGGCGGAUGGUGAUGAAAGCGCAUCUGAAUUGGCAAUGCCUUUUCUGCAUUCUCAUUGCUCACAUCACUUCGGCCAACGACUUGUUUCAAAUCUGCCUCCGCGCCAAGAAGAUCGCAGAGGCACGGAAGGAGUCCGCGGCCUCCGACGAGCCAGCAGAUGACAUCGGCACCUUGGGCAUGGAUCGCCCGCCCGCUGAGAGCCGCGCAGCUCCAAGCAGUGCAGCAGUGGACGUUCGAUCAGCAUCGCGAAACCUCGAUGCUAGACCUCAAGCGAUUGAUUCGAUGGAUUGGAUGUUAGCCUUCGUUUGGUGUGCGGCGCUGCUGUGUUUCCUGGUGCAGCUGCAUUCCUUCGGGAAGCUCGUGGGCGCCUUCAUUUGUGAAGAUGCCAUUUGGAAUUUCCCGGACCGUUGCGUGGAUGUUGAUGCCAACUGGCGCUCUUCACCAGGCGGCUGAUCGCGCAGACACGCCGUUGACGCGUCCACGGUGUUCUUCAGAGGGACGUCCGGGCUGUUGAGGAGUUGGUUGUCAUCCCAAAGGGAUCUGAUCUUCCACCCACUCAAACAGCUCGGCAAGACAAGACAUACAUGGCCUAAAAAGGCUGGAGAACGACGGGGCUCAAAAUCGACGAGUUUGCUGGCGGGGCAACA